GAAUUUCUGGAGAUCUGUGUAGUGACUAAGUGAGCGUCACUGUCGGUGGAAUUGGAACGUUGUUUACGGUUUACAUUGCCCUGCCCAUUUACUAAAAAGAAAAUACGUAGUGCUUUUGUGAAUAGUGUUUUUUUUUUACAUAAUUUUGAUUGGAAUUUCUUCAGUUAUUGUUUUGUUAAUAGAUUUAUCAUUACCGGUGUAAGCAGUGUAAUAGCUGAAAGAUGCCCGAGGAACGAAAAACAAGUAGCGGAACAGUAGAAGUGACUACAGAAAAUGGAACAGGGAGUAGUUCGCCCAAUAAAAGUCCCGUUAACAGAGGAAAAAUGGCUGUAACGAAAAUCACUUUCUUGGAUGGCACUGUCAAAGACUUUUCAAUUGAAAGGAAAGCAAAAGGCCAAGAGCUUUUGGAUAAGAUAUGUCAGAGUAUGAACCUCUUAGAAAAAGAUUACUUUGGUCUCAUUUACGAAGAUAAACACGAUCCAAGAAAUUGGCUGGACCUAGACCGGAGAAUUUCCAAAUUUCUAAAAAAUGAUCCUUGGAAGUUUAAUUUUGAAGUUAAGUUUUAUCCGCCGGAUCCAGCACAGUUGCAAGAAGAUAUCACGCGUUAUCAAUUAUGUCUUCAAAUCAGAAAUGACAUUAUGACUGGUCGCUUGCCAUGUUCCUUUGUUACUCACGCUCUUCUCGGGUCUUAUUUAGUACAAUCAGAAUUGGGAGAUUAUGACCUUGAAGAACAUGGAAGAUCAUAUCUAAAAGAUUUUAAGUUUGCUCCCAAACAAACACCAGAGCUGGUUGAAAAAGUAAUGGAUCUUCAUAAAACUCACAAGGGUCAAACACCAGCGGAAGCAGAACUCCAUUACUUGGAAAAUGCGAAAAAAUUAGCAAUGUAUGGUGUUGAUUUGCAUCCUGCAAAGGAUUCCGAAGGUGUCGAUAUUAUGCUAGGUGUUUGUUCAUCAGGUCUUCUCGUCUUCAGAGAUAAAUUGCGAAUAAAUAGGUUUGCUUGGCCCAAAAUUCUCAAAAUUUCCUAUAAAAGACACAACUUUUAUCUGAAAAUUCGACCUGGAGAAUUUGAGCAAUUUGAAUCGACUAUUGGUUUCAAGCUUGCAAAUCAUAGAGCAGCUAAAAAAUUAUGGAAAGUUUGUGUCGAACACCAUACUUUCUUUAGGCUCACCAGCCCAGAGCCUGUAAAGAAGGUGGGACUGAUACCACAUUUGGGGUCAAAUUUUCGAUUUUCGGGCAGAACCCACUACGAAACAAAAAAGGUGCCUAUUGACAGACAGCCCCCGAAGUUUGAAAGAUUUCUUAGUGGUCGAAGAAUCACAUCACGUAGCAUGGAUGCUUUAGGUGGUUCAAAGCAAUUAGAACCCUAUGGUUCAGAACCAAGUAAACGCCACACUAUGAGUUACGAGCCUGAUACGAUUCCCGAUAUGGAACAUAUAGACCAACGACCUAGUCCCAUCAAGAAGCAAAAAGAUAAGCUCACUCGAAAAACAAGCACUGGAACAACCUCCGCUAGCAGUACCAGUAGUCUGGAAGGAGAAUACGAUGCUAACCGUGGCAAUAAGAAACCGGUGGGAGGGAUUGCAGUCCUACCGCCUGGUAGUAUUUCCAAAAAGGAGUCGAAACAUGAAAGUGAGAAGGAAAACCGUAAUGAUCUCAAUAAUUCUGAUUUAAUUAACGAAAGCACCGGGCUCGAGAGUAUAGAUGAAAACUCACCAAGCGUAAGAGAUAAAAUAAAAAACAAAAACUCACCUGCCAAAUCUGAAAAGGAUAAGAAAGAAAAAAUUAAGAGUCCAGUGGGUGGCUUUCUGUUUGGUAAGAAAGAUAAGGAGGAAAAGCAGAAGAAGCCAAAGAAAAAUAAAGUUCUCGAUAACACGAAAGAUAAAUCAGAUGUUGAAUUGAAUCUUUCGAUUUCUGACAAAACAACAACAACAACAACUGAAAAAACACUAAAUGACAAGUCUGAUGAUAAGAAAUCAUCUGGUUCCUCCGAUUUACCAGCUUUUAUUAAACCAUAUGAAUAUGAGGAGACUGCAUCCUCUCCAACCAAAAAACCACCUACUUCUCAUGGAUUUUCUUAUGAAGAAAGGCCUGCCUCUCCAGGCGUUCUAAAUCAACAAUCUCCAACUGGUACUGGGAAGAAAGCGACGGGUCUCGCUUUUAAUUAUGCACCAGGACAAACGCAAAAAGUUGCUGAAUCUGCUGAGAAAAGAAAAACAAAAGAUGAAUGCAAAAAUAUUGAGAAUAAAAUUCCUAUUGAAUUGAAACCAAUUGGUUUAAAGACUCCAGGCCUUAAUUAUGUAGAGUCAGCAAGUUUAAAAGAACAGCAAAAGGAUAAAGACAAACAAUUACCUCCUUCAAGUGCUGAUAUGAAAGAUGUCAAUACUCCUUUUCUUAAUCAAGAGCGACAGAGUCAACUGACAACUGUUCCUUUGAUGUCUGAUACCAGUCCAGAGAAAGAAGAGCUACAAUAUUAUCUUCUUCCACUGCCAGAUGGUUCAAGAAUAAUUGGUGGGGUAAUAUUUAGCAAGGAAGGUAAACCUCUUGACCAAAGUAGUUUGGGUCCAGAAGGUAGUAAAAUAAUAGAAGGCAAAGUGUGCGGCAAAAACGAUAAUCCUGUCAAGAAGGGAGAUUUCGGACCCCAUGGAAUGCAUAUUUCCAAUGGACUUAUUGUCGGAAAAGAUAAUAAAGCCAUUAAUCAACUAGUGGUUGGAAUUGAUAACUGUUCGAUAGUAAAUGGCGUGGUAAACGGCCCUGACGGUAAGCCGUUAAGUAAAAGACUCAUUUGUCCAGACAAUGCAUUCAUUAAAGAUGGCAAGCUUAUUUUGAAAAAUGGCAAACUUUACCAGAAAAAUCAUUUGGGACCUGAUGGUAGUUUUGUGAAAGAGGGUCUUAUAUUCUCAAACGAUGGAAGACCAUUGACUCAAGGCUCAUACGGAACGGACGGAAACUACAUCGUCAAUGGAGUCGUUUGCAACAACGUCGGAAAACCGUCAAAUCAAAAUGCUGUCUUACCUGAUCCGACGUAUGUAAAUGAUGGUUUAAUACACGGAAGAGAUGGAAGACCUCUGUCAAGUGGAGAACUCGGACAUGAGGGUCUCUACAUAAAUGAGGGAAAAGUGUACUCUAAAGAAGGAAAACCUGUGAAGCACGUUACUUUCAGUUCGGACGGUUCGUCAAUUAAAGAUGGAAUGAUUUAUGGUAAGGAAGGAAAGUUUCUCAAUCAAGGAUCCCUUUUACCACAUGGAGCCCAUCUGAAAGAUGGAAAGAUUGUUAGCAAAGACGGAAAGUCGAUAAAACAUGCGUACUACAAGCCUGACGGUACUUUCGUCAAGGAUGGAGUUCUUCAUGGAAAAGAUGGUCGACUCCUCAGUCAAAUUCCAUUUAUUGUGGAUGGUGCUUUUAUUAAAGAAGGUUUAAUUUUUAAAAAAAAUGGAACACCAUUGAACCAAAGUCUUUUCAAGGCUGACAAUACUGUUGUUAAAGACGGAAUUAUUUGCGAUGCGAACGGCUCACCAUUGGUCAACGGAAUUCUCGGUCACGAUGGACUUGUCAUUAGAGAAGGAAUGGUCUUAGGAAAGGAUGGGAAGCCAGUAAAGCAGGAAUCUUUUGGAUCAAAUGGAAGUUACGUUAAAAAGGGAGUGGUUUAUGCGAAAAACGGAAAGCUUCUAAAUCAGGAUUCCUUUAUUCCUGAAGGAACUUGCAUUAAAGACGGAAAGCUCUGCAUCAAGGAUGGAAAGCCUCUAAAAUCUGCUUUCUUUAAACCAGAUGGCAGUUAUAUUAAGGAUGGACUCGUCAAUGGGCAGGAUGGUAAACUUUUAAAUCUUAGUUCUGCUUUGCCAGAAGAUAGUUUUAUUACGAAUGGAGUAAUUUUCGAUCAAUUCGGCAAACCGUUGAACAAAGAUACUUUUGGAUCUGAUGGAUCUUAUGUAACUGGAGGUUUAGUUUACAGUAAAGAUGGAAUUAUUGUCACGGAAGGAAUCUUUGGACCAGAUGGAAAUCAAAUAAAGAAUGGGUUAAUCGUUGGAAUUGAUGGAAAUCCCAUAACUCAAGAUGAUAAAGGUCCUGACAAUCUUGCGCUAAAGGAAGGUAAGAUCGUUGAUGCUGUACUGGCUAAGUCCAAGAAUCAGGGAUCCCUUCUGCCUGAUGGAUGCUACAUUCAAGAUGGGGUCGUUUACGAUAGUAAUGAACAACUUGUCAAGCAGGGAGCUUUCAGGCCGGAUGGAAGUUACAUAAAGGAUGGAUUGAUCUACGGAUGGGGAGGACAGUUGCUCAAUGCGGGCUCUCAACUCCCAAAUGGAUCCUAUGUUGAGGAUGGACGACUUUUUGGAGAAGAUGGUCAGCCUUUAAACCACAGCUCAUUUGGAACAAAUGGAGGAUACAUUCAAAAUGGGUUUAUUUAUGGAAAAGAUAUGAAGCCUUUAAGCAGAGGUGUCUUUGGGAUCGAAGGAAACUAUAUUCAAAAUGGUUCCAUCUGUGGACCUAAUGGAAAGCCACUUAAUAAAAAGAUGUCAGUGGUUAGCAUUAAUUUUGUUAGAUAUGGUUUAGUUUGUGGAGAAGAUGGCAAACCUUUACAGAGUGGAAGUUUCGACAGCAAGGGUAACGUGAUUAAAAAUGGAAAGAUCUACGACAGCAAAGGGCAUCCACUUAAUGAAAAGGACAUUCAUGAAUCUCAUGGAGGAGAUGGCUCUUUUGUUAAAGAAGGUCUUAUUUAUGGAGCGAAUGAAAAACCAUUAACGAAAGGAAUUCUCAAUCCUGAAACAAGUUUCAUUAAAAAUGGAAAAAUCUACGAUGUGAAUGGACAACCAUUAAGUCAAGAAGCUUUUGGACCUGAAGGUCUACGAGUUCUUCAAGGAGUUGUCGUUGACAAAGCAGGCAAACUCUUGAAACAAGGAAUUUUUGAUUCCGAAGGAAAUAUGGUUAAAGACGGAAUUGUUCAGACAAAAAGUGGCAAGCCCUUGGAUAAGCAUUAUUCUGUGAUUAUAAUUACCUUGGUAAAGAAAGGUUUGAUUUGCGGUAAGGAUGGAAAGCCUAUUGCCAAUGCUCCUUUUGGCAAUGAUGGAAGCUUUAUAAAAGACGGCAAAAUUUAUGAUAAAACGAGCAAUCCUUUGAGUCAACAAGUAUUUGGUGAUGAUAAUGGAUUUAUUAAAGGUGGUAUUAUUUAUUCUGAAAAUGGAAAGCCCAUGGACAAAGAAAUUCCUCAAGGUUUAUCAAGAGAAAUGAUGAGUUCUUCUAAAAUUGCUCCCCAAAAAUCGAAGAAAGCAAUUAUUCCAGUUACAACGCCAAUGAUUGUCAAAUCUACAACAAAACACUCAGUAGUCAAGGAUUUAGACGGAGUGACUCAAAAUAUCGAGGAAAAAGUUGAGGAUCUCACACCUGGUGGAAGUGGACAAGUCGUGGUCAAUACACAUGUUAAUAAGGCAGAGGCAACGCCAGAUGAUGGUAAACCACCAUACAUGACGGCUACUGCAGUUACAACCCGUACUGCAACCAUGCAUGAAGAUUUGGGAAAAAAUAAAAAAACCAGCCAGGUUGAAGAAAAAACAGUAGCCCAUACAACGGCAACAAGUGCAACCCGACAAGAGCAACGAACAGUAACGCAGGAAGUAAAAACAACGAGUCACAUUCUUGCCGGAGACCAGCUAUACUCACGGCGGCACAGUACAUCAAGCUCAAGCAGUGGGAACUCAGGUACGCCCAUUGAUCUUGACGAUGAUCAUCAGGCUUUCUACAAUAAAUACUAUCAGGGUGAUCCAGCUGGUAUAGUUGCAACUGAAUCUCACGUCUUUGCUGGUGAACCAGAAAAUAAUGUUACUACAACAACUACAGUACCAGUUGUAGCUACGGAGACAAGAAAAGUAGCUCUUGAGAGUGAGGAUGGAAAUUAUACUGCGAAAGGAGAAAUCGUCAGUUCUCAAACGAUUUCCAGUAAAACGCGCACCGUUGAGACGAUUACGUACAAAACGGAACGAGAUGGAGUUGUGGAAACGAGAGUCGAACAGAAAAUAACGAUACAGUCUGAUGGUGACCCUGUCGAUCACGAUAAGGCCCUGGCCGAAGCGAUUCAACAAGCAACUGCAAUGAAUCCUGAUAUGACAGUAGAAAAAAUAGAAAUUCAGCAACAAACAGCUCAAUAAGGACACAAACAUUAUUUGAAAUGAAAGUCGAACACUCUGUCUUAUGUAAUAACUUUUUCUAAACAAUUAAUCUAGUAAGUUUGUAUAUUUUUUUUACUUAAACCUAUAAAACUAAAAUUAGGUGUUUUGUACAAAUUGUAUGUACCAGACUGAUUACAUUCAGGUAUGAGCACUGUAUUUUGCUCUUAUUAUUAAAUUGAUCGAUUAAAAUAUUUGAUCGCAAUUGAUUGCAAUUGAUAAAUUGCUUUUUUAUUGAAAUAAACAAGUUAAAAACAGAAAGAAGCAUAAUAAAAUAAGCAAACACGUAGAUCGUGUAAAACUGGUAUUAAAGACAGAGGGCUUGACUAAGAAUAAAAAAAAAGUUCUUUUCUGAUGUAAAAAUCUCAAUGAGGAAUAAUUUUUGUAUAAAAUACAGUUUAUUCAACACUUUUGUCAUGUUAUUAAUGUUCACAGUAAAAUACAUAUUAUAGCUUUGUCGCAAUAUUACCUGUAUAGUACGAAACAAGUACAUUAGAGGAUAUUUUAUUAUGUUAAGCAAACUAUAACUAUAUGCCAACUGGAUAAAAAUAUUAAUAUAUUAUGUACCUAUACGUAUAAUGAACUAUAGAUCUACUUACGAAACAAGCAAUUAAAAUCGAGACAGCUUUCGAAGGAUCAAAGAUAUGUAAAUCUAUAAAAAUGACAAAAGCUUUGUCGCGAUUUUAAUAGUUUGUGUGUUUUAAUGAGAUGAUUAUUGAAAGUAGAUUAAUAAUUUAUAUAAUUAUAUCACAUGCCAAGAGCAACGAUGCUUUGGUCGGCGUAUAUGAUGUCUAAAUUUAGCAAUAGCACGUAGCUUUUUAUGUCUACAAGAAACAAUGUUUCAUUAACUUGGAUUCUUCUGGGUUUCGCCUAAAUAAUAACAGCUCGUAUCCCUGAAUUAAUUAGGAGGAGCAGAUGAGUACUUUUCUAUUUUUAUUCAUAACAAUAAUAAUAAUAAUAAUAAUAAUAAUGUAACUUUUAUACACUCUUGGUCUGUCGAGUUUUUUUUAUCAAUACUGAAAGUAAAUUGUUAUCUAUCUUAAAAAUUCAAGGUAGCUUUGAUCAAUAUAUAGGAUUAUAUACUACGUCAACUAGUUCUAAACUAGUUAACUGACCAGCUCCCUGUUUAACUCCAAAUUAUAUGCUUUCAAAAAGUUAUAUGUUCCAUGCUUUUUUACAUAGUUAGAAAUUAAAUUUAACUGUCUUAUUCAAAAACGUAUUUUUUAUAUUUCAUUUAACAUUAGUAAUUUAGAGAAAUCUAUAGAUUUAUACAUUAACAACGAACCAUGUAUGUAUUAAUAACAUUUUAAUUUUAUUUUGUGAAAUAUUUAUAUACACUUAUUAAAAUUUGUUUUUUGGUAAUUGGUAACUAUCUCUAAGAAUUUUAAUUUGCAAUCAUGUAAUUAUAUUCACAUACUUUUCUAGUAAGAAAAAUUCUAGUGAAUUUGUACUUUAGAAAUUUGCGUUUUUUAAUUCUUAAAAAUAAAAAAAAGUUGUAUCGAAUUUAUUUCUCACUGGUAGAGUAAAGAUUAUUAGGUAUCUAUAUUAUCAUUAUUAAUCAAAGCUAUACACAUUUAAAACAUAAGUUAUUUCAUCCGUUUUAAUCACAUUAUAGCAUAUGUAGUUUAAACUUGCAGUGAUUGUUUUAUAUGAAAAUCUGUUUAUAAAAUAUUCUUUUAAUAUUUUGACACAUUACUUUUUUAUACUGUUUUCUAUCAAAUUGAAAUUUUUAUACUAAGAUAUUUUUUGUGCCACUGUAUUAUGGCUAUUAUUAUAAAGAUUUGGUGUUUAAAAAUUUAUUAUUGCAAGUACUUGAGUGUAAAUCAUAAAAUUAUUUAUCAAUGUAUUAAAUACAUUGUGAUUGUAGCGAAUUGGAAAAUGAUAUUUUAUAAAUUAUCACUUACUGCAAGUGAAACUGUGUGAACAAAUUGAAAUAAAAUAAUUUUUAAAAAUA